AUGGCUGAAGUUCAUGUGGAGGUGCGUCUCAAGGAUGCCGAUGCUGCCGAGCACAUCACUCGCGCUGAAAUCGAGGACGCGUUCCAUACCUUCCUGACCAACAAUGACUACCUUCAUCCGGUCCGCGACGGCGAACUAUUAGAAUUUGAAAAGUUCCAGCACAAGGAUCACGUCGCUUCCGUCUAUGUCACUGGCGUUUUUACGGAGUCGAAAUAUGAUCCAAAGUGCUUGUUCUCCGACGUCCAACUCAAGGUCCAUGCCUAUAGUCUUCACGAACAAGCCGCCGCUGCUUCUACUGUUACAUUCAGCACUUCAAAAGACUCUCAAGCUAGACUCAUCAAUCUGCCUCAUGAGUCCUUGGCUGGCGUCUGGGAACGUCUAAAAUUUGAUAAUACUCAAAACAUCAAUCCAGAAGAAAUUCUCAACAUGGUUUUCCGUACAGUCACACAGUUGCAUCAAGCAAACAAGGUCUCGGAAGCAAUGGAUAUCAAUCGGUUGAUCCUCUUUCAUGGACCGCCAGGCUGUGGCAAAUCGACUCUAUGCCGGGCUCUGGCCCAAAAACUAGUCAUCAGGCUCAGUCGCACCUUCAGAGGUGGUAAACUGUUCGAAAUCAACACACAAGAUCUCUUGAGCAAGUUUUACAGCGAAAGCGGCAAGCUCAUAUCAGAAAUGUUUGACAAGGUCCUCAGGAUGGCACACGACGGCAAGGAGCUAGUUUGUGUGCUAAUUGAUGAGAUCGAAAGUAUUGCUACGUCGCGUCAAGCCUCGACAAAGAAUGGCGAGUGUACGGACACUGUUCGCGCUACUAAUCAACUCCUCACUGCGCUUGAUCGAAUCAGAAGCAAGCCAAACAUUGUCGUCUUUUGCACAAGCAAUUUGGCUGAGUCCAUCGACUCAGCUUUCCUCGACCGAGUCUACGACAAGAUCUCAGUGCCUCCCCCUUGCGGAAGUGCUAUCUACACCAUCUUGAGCAACAUUCUCAACUCGCUGAUCGAAGCUGGGACGAUCAUCUACGAGCCUUGGGCUGAGACUCUGCCUAGUGACGAAGAAGACGAGGAAUUCGAUUUUCGAACACUGGGCAGUUUUCUCGAUCAGUCGCACCUACCAAGCUACGACCGACUGACGCUCUGGAAAACUGCAUAUCCUCAAUCUCCUGGACCCAUACUCAUGAGCGUUGCCGAAGACUGCGCAGGACUCAGUGGAAGGGAAAUGGUAAACUUACCAUUCCUCGCCAUUGCAAAAUAUACUAGGCAAGAGAAGUGUACCGUCUUUGACGCGAUCCGGGCUAUUGAGAAGGCUGUCAAGGUUGACAAGGCCACGAAGUGA